AUGCCAAGAGAUCCAUUAAUAGGUAUUGUGGGUAAACCCUCGAGUGGGAAGUCCACGCUAUUGAAUUCAUUGACUGAUGCGAACGCUGCCGUUGGUGCAUUCCCUUUCUGUACUAUCGAACCAAACCAAGCCACUGGUUAUUUAGAGAUUGAUUGUGCUUGUUCUAGGUAUGGUAAAGAAUCACUUUGUAAGCCUAACUAUGGGUGGUGUGAGAAAGGAAAACGUCAUGUCCCAAUCAUGUUACUGGAUGUUGCCGGUCUGGUGCCAGGUGCACAUUCAGGUAGAGGUCUAGGGAACAAGUUUUUGGAUGAUUUAAGACAUGCGGAUGCUUUGAUCCAUGUUGUGGAUGUCAGUGGUACUACUGAUGCCGAGGGAAAGAACACUAGAGGUUAUGAUCCAUUAAACGAUAUUGAGUGGCUACAGGAUGAAAUUAGAUUAUGGAUAGAAGGGAACUUGAAGAAAAGAUGGGGGUCUAUCGUUCGUAGACAUACUGCUACAAAAUCUAGUGUUGUAGAUACUUUACAGACGCAAUUUGGUGGGUAUUCCUCACAAGUUUGGAUGGUUCAAAAGGCUCUAGAUAGACUUGGAAGUAUACCGCCUUUGGAAAAAUGGGAUGAUGAAAUGAUUACUAAUGUUGUGAAAGCAUUUAUGAUGGAGAAAUUCCCUACUGUGCUUGCUUUGAAUAAAAUGGAUCAUGCUGAUGCCGAUAAGAAUGUAUCCAAAAUUAUGUUAAAAUAUCCUAAUGUAAAAUCUGUGCUGACAAGUGCUUUAACUGAGAUCUUCCUAAGGAAACUAAAGAAACAAGGAUUUGUGCAUUACGAGGAAGGUACUGAGUUUAUAGAUACAUGUGAGGAUGAUCCUGAUAAUUUGAAACCAUUGGAUGAGAAAGUUUUAUCAAGAAUUGAAGACAUUAGAGAUCUAGUACUUUAUAGAUUUGGUUCUACUGGUGUCGUUCAAGUGUUGCAAGCUGCAGCAGAUAUUUUACAGUUGGUCCCAGUGUAUACGGUGAAAAACAUACAAACUUUUGCAGGUGGGAAUGGUACUAAUGUGUUUAGGGACUGUUUCCUAGUUAAAAGGGGGACGCCAGCAGGUACUGUUGCAAGAUAUAUACUUGGUACGGAGGUGACAAUUGCCGCAAUUGAAACAGUUGGUGGGAUAAGGGUAUCCGAAGACGCAUUAGUGGAUGUAAAACAGAAUGACAUCUUGUGUUUCAAGAUUGCUCCUCGAGCUAAGUAA